AUGCAGAACCUCAUUGCUACUCAACUUGGAGUUCAGAGGAUCCCAGGCAUUACCGAUUUCAACACGAGAGGAACAAACAUACGACCCUUUGCCAGAUUUGGAGUUUUCAUUUUGUGGAUCUUGACUAAUCAUUGGCUACUUUUGACCGGUUCUGCUUCCCGUCUUUCAUGGGGAAUAUUUAUCAAUGAGUUGAGCAGAGGCUAUGGCCGGUCUCAUCAAUGGGUUUCAAUCAUGUCAAGCAGAUCCGAAAGGCAAGCAGCAAAUUCAAGUUCGAUGAUGGGUGCUGUUUACCUUCCUUUGGCUUGUGAUGGCUAG